AACUGCAUUUCCCAGCGCCCCACGCGGUGGCGGCCGUAAAGCGCGGCGGUCGAACGGCCGGUUCCGGCUGAAUGUCAGUGCGGGGCUGUGGGCCGGGGAGGAAGGUGGCCGGCGGUUCCUCUACCACCUCCGCUGCCGCCGCCUCCUCCGCCUGUGCUGCCGCCACGGGCCUUGGGCCGCUCGGCCGCUUGGGCAUGACGCCGUGAGACGAGAGACUGGUCGGGGCCGCCGACAUGUUUGGCCGCUCGCGGAGCUGGGUGGGCGGGGGCCAUGGCAAGUCUUCCCGCAACAUCCACUCCUUGGACCACCUCAAAUAUCUGUACCACGUUUUGACCAAAAACACCACAGUCACAGAACAGAACCGGAACCUGCUAGUGGAGACCAUCCGCUCCAUCACCGAGAUCCUCAUCUGGGGAGAUCAGAAUGACAGCUCUGUAUUUGACUUCUUCCUGGAGAAGAAUAUGUUUGUUUUCUUCUUGAACAUCCUGCGGCAAAAAUCGGGCCGUUAUGUGUGCGUUCAGCUGCUGCAGACCUUGAACAUCCUCUUUGAGAAUAUCAGUCACGAGACCUCACUUUAUUAUUUGCUCUCAAAUAACUAUGUAAAUUCUAUCAUCGUUCAUAAAUUUGACUUUUCCGAUGAGGAGAUUAUGGCCUAUUAUAUAUCGUUUCUGAAAACACUUUCGUUAAAACUCAACAACCACACUGUCCAUUUCUUUUAUAAUGAGCACACCAAUGACUUUGCCCUGUACACAGAAGCCAUCAAGUUUUUCAAUCACCCUGAAAGCAUGGUUAGAAUUGCUGUGAGAACCAUAACUUUGAAUGUCUAUAAAGUGUCAUUGGACAACCAGGCCAUGCUGCACUACAUCCGAGAUAAAACUGCAGUUCCUUACUUUUCCAAUUUGGUCUGGUUCAUCGGGAGCCACGUGAUCGAACUUGAUGACUGCGUGCAGACGGAUGAGGAGCACCGGAAUCGGGGCAAGCUCAGCGACCUGGUGGCAGAGCACCUAGACCACCUGCACUAUCUCAAUGACAUCCUGAUCAUCAACUGCGAGUUCCUCAACGACGUGCUCACGGACCACCUGCUCAACAGGCUCUUCCUGCCCCUCUACGUGUACUCACUGGAGAACCAGGACAAGGGAGGAGAACGGCCGAAAAUUAGCCUGCCGGUGUCUCUCUAUCUGCUGUCACAGGUCUUCUUAAUUAUACAUCAUGCACCGCUGGUGAACUCAUUAGCUGAAGUCAUUCUGAAUGGUGAUCUCUCUGAAAUGUACGCUAAGACUGAACAGGAUGUUCAGAGAAGUUCUGCCAAGCCCAGCAUUCGGUGCUUCAUUAAACCCACCGAGACGCUCGAGCGGUCCCUUGAGAUGAACAAGCACAAGGGCAAGAGACGGGUGCAAAAGAGACCCAACUACAAAAACGUUGGGGAAGAAGAAGAUGAGGAGAAAGGGCCCGCUGAGGAUGCCCAAGAAGACGCCGAGAAGGCUAAAGGUACAGAGGGUGGUUCAAAAGGCAGCAAGACGAGUGGGGAGAGUGAAGAGAUCGAGAUGGUGAUCAUGGAGCGUAGCAAGCUCUCAGAGCUGACCGCCAGCGCCUCUGUGCAGGAGCAGAACACCACCGACGAGGAGAAGAGUGCCGCUGCCACGUGCUCCGAGAGUGCACAGUGGAGCAGACCCUUCCUGGAUAUGGUGUACCACGCUCUGGACAGCCCGGAUGAUGAUUACCACGCCUUGUUUGUGCUCUGCCUCCUCUACGCCAUGUCUCAUAAUAAAGGCAUGGAUCCUGAGAAAUUAGAACGAAUCCAGCUCCCAGUGCCAAAUGUGGCAGAGAAGAACACCUACAACCAUCCGUUGGCUGAAAGGCUCAUCAGGAUCAUGAACAAUGCUGCCCAGCCAGAUGGGAAGAUCCGGCUGGCAACGCUGGAGCUGAGCUGCCUGCUUCUGAAGCAGCAAGUCCUCACAAUUGCUGGCUGCAUCAUGAAGGAUGUGCACCUGGCCUGCCUGGAGGGUGCGAGAGAAGAAAGUGUUCACCUUGUACGACAUUUUUAUAAGGGAGAAGACAUUUUUUUGGACAUGUUUGAAGAUGAGUACAGGAGCAUGACAAUGAAGCCCAUGAACGUGGAAUAUCUCAUGAUGGAUGCCUCCAUCCUGCUGCCCCCAACAGGCACGCCGCUGACGGGCAUUGACUUUGUGAAGCGCCUGCCGUGUGGCGAUGUGGAGAAGACCCGGCGGGCCAUCCGGGUAUUCUUCAUGCUGCGUUCCCUGUCACUGCAAUUGCGAGGGGAGCCCGAGACGCAGUUGCCGCUGACUCGGGAGGAGGACCUGAUCAAGACCGACGAUGUCCUGGAUCUGAAUAACAGCGACUUGAUUGCGUGCACAGUGAUCACUAAGGAUGGUGGCAUGGUCCAGCGAUUCCUGGCUGUGGAUAUUUACCAGAUGAGCUUGGUGGAGCCUGAUGUGUCCAGACUUGGCUGGGGAGUGGUCAAGUUUGCAGGCCUUCUGCAGGACAUGCAAGUGACUGGAGUGGAGGAUGACAGCCGUGCACUGAACAUCACCAUCCACAAGCCUGCAUCCAGCCCCCAUUCCAAACCCUUCCCCAUCCUCCAGGCCACCUUCAUCUUCUCUGACCAUAUCCGCUGCAUCAUCGCCAAGCAGCGCCUGGCCAAAGGCCGCAUCCAGGCGAGGCGCAUGAAGAUGCAGAGGAUAGCUGCCCUCCUGGACCUCCCAAUCCAGCCCACCACUGAAGUCCUGGGGUUUGGACUCGGCUCCUCCAGCUCCACUCAGCACCUGCCUUUCCGCUUCUACGACCAGGGGCGCCGGGGCAGCAGUGACCCCACCGUGCAGCGCUCCGUGUUUGCAUCUGUGGACAAGGUGCCAGGCUUCGCCGUGGCCCAGUGCAUAAACCAGCACAGCUCCCCAUCCCUGUCCUCGAGGUCGCCACCCUCCGCCAGCGGGAGCCCCAGCGGCAGUGGGAGCACCAGCCACUGCGACUCGGGAGGCACCAGCUCGUCCUCCACCCCCUCCACAGCUCAGAGCCCCGCAGUCAGGAGUGGCAGGAAAGGACGCCGGCGAGUGUUCAGCCUGUCGGAGGCCGACAGUCAUGGCGGCCACUGGGUUUAGUGCUCCGAACGGCGGCUGCCACGGCACCUCACGCACAGUCAAUUCAGAUGCCCCCACGACUCCAGAACUGCCUCAACCUCACCUUCCUGAUCAGUUGGUGAUCGCCAGCGAAACAGAAGUAGACUCCAGGCCCAGCAAGAACGUGGCCAGGAGCGCAGCCGUGGAGACAGCCAGCCUGUCCCCCAGCCUCGUCCCUGCCCAGCAGCCCACCAUCUCCCUGCUCUGCGAGGACGCGGCCGACACGCUGAGCGUCGAGUCUCUGACCCUCGUCCCCCCCGUCGACCCCCACAGCCUCCGCAGCCUCACCGGCAUUUCCCCGCUGCCUACACCGGCUGCCACCUGCACGGACCCCCUGGGCGAAGAGGCUGCAUGUGCCGAGCCUGUGGGCCCCACCGAGGACUGAGUCAGCACCAGGGCCUCCCUUUGUGUGGCCCCGCUGGUAGGGACCCCCAGUGCCGCUGACUGGCGAGACACACUGGAAGCACCCACAGUUCUCUGCAGCCCCCAGCAGCUGUCUCAGCCACCUAUCCCUGCACUCCCUUGAAUGGGAAGAAGGCCAUGUUGCCCUUCCAUUUCUUUUUCACUUUGUGUCUCUUCACGUGCAGGCUGGGACCCGUGGAGACAUCCCGACGAAUGGAGAUGACUGCACCGGCCACCUCAGGGAGCUGCCUGGGCUCCGUGUCUCUGAGCCCCAGGUGGCAGGAGCCACCGGCCCCUCUUCCUUCCUCCACGUGGCUUCUGUGUCACCAGCCCCAGUGUGCGCAGAAGAACUGGACCAAGUCACUGUAGGUAGAAAUUUGUGGCAAAGCAGACUUAGAUAAACUUCUCCUUUGGAUAUUUAUUUCCGCUUUUGGCAGCAGGUGAACGUUUAUUUUUAAAACUUCUAUUUAAAAAAAAAAAGUCCAAAAACAUCAACAGUAAGAUUUGAUGUCCUGUUAAAAGUGUAAGAAUACAGUGAAGAUUUCAUUAUCAUUUACACUGGACCUUUCCCGAUGUUUUGUUUUAAAGUUCUUAGUGUGGCUUUUUCCAUUUAUUUAAGUGAUUCUUAUUUCUUUGUUAUUCACUAACUCUGCAAGCCUGUGGAAUGAUAAAGUACCUUCCUGGAAUGUUUAGAUUAUUUUUUAAACAAAAACAAGGGAGAUACACAUAUUCUCAGGUACACACAGAGCUGAGAGGGCUGAGAGCUUUUCUGCCAUAGCAGCCAAGAGGCCUCCCAUUGUGGAAAGAUUUCUCCAGGAAAGGGGAGAAUGUAGCCAGCUCCCCACUCAGGAUGCUUCCUCAUUUCUCUUCACCAAAACCAAACAGAGACGGCUUCCAGCAUCUUCUUCAGUGUUGCCACCUCUAAGAAAGGACCGCUUGGGACCGUGAGGACUCCGGACCCUGUGGCAAUGAUGAAAAUCAAAAGAAGCCGCCCUCAGCAUCACCUGCCACUCAAAUUGCGUCUGCCCAUGUGCGCCGAGAGAUGGCCCAGAGCCAGUUCCCACCCCAACUGCAAGGGCAUGGUGUCCCCAGAGCUCUGAGUCUGUCACUCUCCCUCUCUGCUACUCCUCCUGGUCUGAAAAUUAAGACCCCAUGGUUUCCUCCCCAAUUGUGGCUGGGUGUACGCAGGCAAGGACCUGGAUGCAUCAGACCCAGCACGCAAGAUGUUCCUUUCUACUCAGCCAGCUUGGGAGCACGACACAGCACUCACAGCCCGGGCCGCAGUUCACCCUCCCCAGAUCUUUCAAGGCCAGCAGCCCCUCACCUCUCUGAUCACGGAUGAGACCUUCCACGGCUUUCCUCCAGACCUGCAGAUGUGCCAUACGCAGGAAUGUUAGAUGUCUGCCGGAGCCUGGCCGUGGCGUAGCCUCGGGAGACGCACUGAGAUCUUGCCACCUGCCUUUUAGAGGAACACAGUCCCUGUCCUCGGCCAAGCCAGCUGUCCUAGCAAGGCCUGCCAAGGGCAGUUUUCAACCUCCUGAAGGAAACACAGUCCUGCUGAGGAGGGGGAGUGGCACCCAUGGGGACAGGUCUCAGUCAUCAGAAGCCCUCCGGGUAGCUGUGUCCACCCAGCUUUCACGGCUGCAGGCACAAGGACCUUUGCUUCAGUAGAGAAAAGACAUCACUAAGAAAGGGCCCCUGGGCAGAAACCUCAAGGAAAGACAAGCCGCGACCACCAUGGCCAUCUGCAGAGUCCUGCAAAGAGAAGGAAGACAGACCAGGACAGGGGAAGACCAUCAUGGGGAGAAGGACCACAGUAUCAGGAGACGGGGCACCCCAUGCCCUGCAGGCUGCCUGUCUGUUACUUGAUUUUUGUAAGAGCAAGAGGGGUGGGGAGGAUCGGGUUGGCCCUGGCUGGAGUUGGCCAGCCCCCUAGACGCACACUUCUGGUUUUGAAAUGACUCCGUCUUUGGGGCAGGAGAAACUAGAGAAGGCAAGUGGCUGCCCCACCCAAGGCGUGACCAGAAGGAACAGCCUGCACCUCACUCCACGCCACAUCGGUGGGCCACCAGCCUGCCGUCAGCUGGUGACCACUGAGUACCGGAGGGGAGAGGUCUUGGCCAGGGCCGGACAGCAUGCCCAGGAGGACCAGGGGAGAGUAAGACACUGCUUGGGACAGGGCUUCUACCCUGCAUCCCUGGCCAAGGACAGGACAGUCCCCUGUGAGGGCUCAAAGGGUCACUCUCCGGGCCUCUUUCAGCUGUAGCUGAUGACUUGCCUCUGGGGGAGACCUCCAGGUCUGUGGGGUGGGGGUUUCCGAUAACCAGGGCUCCCAGAAGCUUUGCUUAUGUAGGAGGUCUGGGAGCCCACUGGAGCCCACCAGCCGUUUUGCCCACCUCACGCAGGUCUCAGUGGCAGUGGACACAGCUGUGUCUUCAGGAGCUUCCUGCAAACGUAAUCGCCGGGGCGCUCCCAGACAGGCCAGUCCAGACAGGACAUGCUGGAUCCCUGGCACCCGGCAGCCAGGGGAAGAGCCAAGAGUCUGGGAGGGCCCACAGCGGGAGCUGGGGCUUCUGACACUCAGGUCAUAGCCUCAGAUGUCUGAGGUCAGCCCCGACAGACCCAUCAGGCCCUGGUCCACCCUUCCCCCAUGCACCAUCCAGCUACGUUUGCCAAGUCAGGGAGCACGGCUGGCUCCAGGAACUCCCAAACCUUGGCUUUGAAAGUUGCUGUGGAGAUGUGCUCGUCCCUUUCUGGACAUUGGAAAUGCCUGUCCCAGCAGGUCAGAUGAGGCCAGCUCAGGCACUCCCCCAGGCAGGAAGGGCCAGCCUCCGCUGUGGCAUGGAGUUGGGAGGAGGGGCCCCCAUGAGCAGCUACCUUCCCAGCCUGGUUCUUCUCCCAGAGCCUCAGCAGCCUCCCACCACUCAGACACGUGAGUUCACAAGCAACCCAAAGAGCAGGUCAAGAAACGCAGCCCUGCCAGAUGCGUGCUAGAUUCCUCUAAGGCCUCUGAGAUGCCCAGUUUUUUAAAAAAGGCAUGGGGUAAACUGAUUUUGAUCUUCUUGUCUGGACAAAGUAAAUCUGAAACAUUUAAUGUAGUCAUCUUGACAUUGGGCAUACACUGUACGAAUUCCUUACGUUUCCUGGAGCUCAAAAUAUGUAAAUAAUUUUUGUCCCAGUGAGGAGCGAUGGUUGGAAAACCUCGAUGCCUCUGAACCUCGGGACGGCUCUAGGGAAGUACCUGCUUUCGCCAGCGUGACUCAUGUUUCGUGGGUACUGAACACAGGGGUGGAAAUUAAAACUGGAACUUCUUUGUAAAUUCAAACUUGGCAAUAAAAGAAACAAAGUUACCAA